AUGUUUAAGGCUGCCAUCAAAACUUAUUCCAUUCAAAAUGGGUUCGAUUUUGUGUACAAACGCAACGAUAAAAUACGGGUGACAGCGGAGUGCAAACUGAAAUGUGGGUGGCGAAUUCAUGCAUCGUGGUCAAACACGCGAGAUUCCAUUCAAAUUAAGACCUUCAAACCAACACACAAUUGUGGCACCCAUCAUGAGAACAAAAAAGCUGAUGUUAAUUGGAUUUCGAAUCACUAUCUUGAGAAUUUUAGGGAUGACCCCACAUGGACUGAGUAUGCUUUAAGAGAGCAAAUUAAGAGGGACUAUAAUAUUACAAUCCCAAGAUGGGUUGCCUAUAGAGCCAAGAAAAUGGCGAUGAAAAAGGUGUAUGGGAAUGAGGCUGAGCACUACAAAAAUUCUCGAGACUACGCUGCAGCAAUGCAAAGAUGGAACCCUGGCAGCAUGUGUGGUUUGCUAAAAGAUGGACCUAAUUUUCAUCGGAUGUUUGUAUGCUUGGAUGCCUGCAAGAAAGGUCUAAUUUUUGGGUGUAGACCUAUAAUCGCAUUAGAUGGUUGCCACUUAAAGGGCUCAUACGGGGGACAAUUAUUAUGUGCAGUUGGCAGGGAUGGGAAUGAUGACAUGUUCCCAAUUGCAUAUGCUGUUGUAGAAACCGAAUGUAGAGACUCAUGGACAUGGUUUAUGGAUAGUCUUUUGGAUUGCAUUGGCCCUAUUGAGGAGCGUGGAUGGGUUUUUAUGUUUGAUAGGCGAAAGGGACUUGUUGAGACAUUUGAGUCAGUGUAUCCUGGAGUUGAACAUAGGUUUUGUAUCCGACAUCUACAUGCCAAUUUCAAAAGUAAUGGAUGGAAAGGAAGAGCAUUUAAAGAUGAGUUAUUUGGUGCCGCUAGAGCCACAAUAGAAGCACGGUUCAACCACCACAUGAAUGUGAUUAAGGUUAUGGACGAAGAAGCUUUCAAGUACUUGGAAAAAAUUGAUCCACGUUCUUGGUCAAGGCAUGCAUUUGGAACCCAUUGUAAAAGUGAUAUGAUAUCAAACAACAUUGCUGAAUCAUUUAAUUCAUGGAUUAAGGAUGCUAGGGAUAAGCCACUCCUAACCAUGUUAGACACAAUCAGGAGACAAUUGAUGUGUAGGUUUCACACUAAAAGAGAAGGAGCUAAGCAAUCCACUAAUGAGAUUUGUCCCAAGAUACAAAAAAAACUGGAGAGGUCGAAAGAUCUACAGAGAUACUACAUUUGCCAUUGGCGAGAUGGGGUUGUGUUUGAGGUAGACCACUGCCACGAUUCGAGGAGGGUGGUAAAUCUGAGCAAUAUGACAUGUAGUUGUGGUAGAUGGCAACUCAAUGGGAUUCCGUGCCCUCAUGCAUGUGCUGCCAUUUAUGCCGAUCGAUGUACUCCAGAAGACUUUGUGCAUGAGUGUUAUCGCAUGGAUGCAUACAAGAAAGCAUAUGCCCCUUUUAUUCAUCCAAUGCCUGGGCCUGAGGAAUGGCGAAAAGUUACUAUUGACACCAUUCUACCUCCUUUGGUGAGAACUCAACCUGGACGCCCUAGAAAGGUCAGAAGAAGAGCUGAGGAUGAGCCACAACACCCGUAUAAAGUUACAAGGCAAGGGUAUGAUGUGAGAUGUGGUAAUGCAAAGAGGUUGGAGAAUGAGGAAGCUAUUGACCUGGAUUGA